ACCUGUGUUCCGUAUGAAUCUCGUGAAGGCUCCGAUGAGAAGGCCAUGAGCUCUUGGCGUGUCAUGCACGUCUGCGGUGUCACGCGGUUAAGCUGCUUUUAUGUGAAGCCAAUGGCAAUGUACUCUUUGGCCGGCAAUUUUCUUACACGGUCUCGUCAAUGAUGGUUCUUCGUUUCUUUGGCUAUACGGGAGAUGACCGGCAGCGGGCAAUCAUCAGUCUGUCAUGCCCGGCGACCCACCAUGACCGGAGCCGGCUCCGUUCGGCAAGCUUAGCGUGGAAGCAGUAUACCGUGCGCCGGGAGCAGGAACAUGUUGGGUUUUGCCCGGGGGCAGGAGCAUUCAUCUGGUUGUCAUCAAGGAUUAAUGCCAUGUGUCUAGUUCACAAUCACAGCCACAGGCUUGCCGGUCUCACCUGUUGUCAAAACUCCUUUUACGGCAGCUUGAAGGAGAGAAGAAUAUGGUAUACACCGAGAUGAUGUUGCUAGCCACACCCCCUAAACGUCAAUUUUAUAGAGUAUCUCUUUGUAAGGUCCUUGCUACAAUCUUGAAAACGUAUCGAAC